GCUUAGCGCGAGGCAGUGACCUGACCCUGCCAUCCAAAGCAAUGGAAUGCGUUGCAACAAGCAUAAAUCUUGCUGAGCUAGCAGGCAGACAGAUUGAGCAUCGACUACCGACGGACUCUACCACUUUUACCCCAAAAUGGAGGAAAGCAGUGGAUUGAAGGAGGAGGCCGAAAUUGCGAGAGAGCAUAUCGAGGAGCAGGCCAAGGGCUUCCUGGCCUUCACAGGGGUACAGAAACCACCCCCAAACGCCGUGUUCCUGCUCGUCAUGGGCAUGACAGGCUCGGGCAAGAGUUCAUUUGUGGCAUCCUGCACUGGCAGGAACGUGGUCGUGGGGCAUGGCCUCCAAUCGUGUACCUCUGACAUCACAAUAUUUGACUUUGCCCUGGACGGUCACAAAGUCUACCUUAUCGACACACCGGGCUUCAACGAUACUCACAAAUCCGACGCUGAGACACUUGCCACGGUUGCUACGUACCUGGGGACCUCGUUCGCGCAGAACGUCUUCAUCCAUGGCAUUCUGUAUCUCCACAGAAUCUCGGACAACAGGGUCGGCGGAAGCGGCCGUCGCAACAUCGACAUGCUCAAGGCUAUGAUCGGCGAGGCGGCCUACGCAAACGUGGCGCUUGUCACCACCAUGUGGGGAGGAGGAGGCAGCGCGGCCAUGCCGGCGACAACGACUGAAACAAGGGAUACUCUGCUGCGACGCGAGGAAGAGCUCAGAACUGACCCUUCGUUCUUUGCCGAGCUCAUUGGGGGCGGUGCCCAGCUGGUACGCCAUGGCGAUUUUGGCGAUACGCGCGCGACCGAGUCUAGCCGAGAUGCAGACGCCGGGCUUCUCCGUGCCUCGGCGCUGGCCAUCGUCAGGCAGAUCGUCUCCCAGGUGCGAGCGACUGGCGGUCCCGCGGUCCUCCUGAUCCAGCACGAGCUUGUGGAAGACAGGCGACGCUUGGAGCAGACGUCAGCCGGCGCCAUGGUGCUGCGCGACCUGGAUAAGAUGGCGGCAGACUAUAUGGGCCAGCUGGCUGCACUGAAGGACAUGAUCCGGAGCAAGACCAAGCGGGCGGCGACUUCGGCCGCUGUUCGUAGUGAAGAGAAUCGAGAAGAAGCGGAGCUCAAGACAGAGUUCAAGGACAAGCUGGCGACGGUGAAUGAGGCGCGACGGGUUUUGGGCUCCGGACUCCAGACCCUACAGAGCAGGGAGCAGGAGGCCUUGACGCAGAAGCUUGAGGUGGCAGAACAAGGAUUCCGAGAGGAAUUGGAACGGAAGGAAAGGCGGCUCCAGCAGUUAGAAAGAUUGAUGGAGGCAAAACGGAGCGAGACAAACAACCCUGCCGCAACCUCGACGGCGUCAAAGACAUGGCUCGCACCACAUGUGUCGAAGGCGAGAGAGGAGGUUCGGAAAGGGAGGAGGGCUCUGGCCAGGCUCUCGCAGACGACGGACGGUGUCAAGGAGGGACUGGCGACCGGGCUUGCAACCAGUGUGUCGUCAGCCCUCGUCACCGGUGUCGUUGGGGCAAUAGCGACCUCAUUGGUAUGCGUGCUCAUGUAGGCAGGUGCUAUAGAGCUUGGUAGUAGCGCAAGCUUCUUGAUAGAAGCUAGCCUGGGAUCGCCUGUUGGUUAGCCCCCAAAGAUGGACAAUCCAAGCGAAUGCGAAGCUCCCACCUAGAGGCGGGAUGGCUCCUUUUCUAAUCAAGCCCUGGACCAGAGCACCAUGGCGGCAGCGCCAGCACAUUAUUCCCUAUUUCAGACGACC